GAAGUUGCCUCAAUCAUCAAAUUAUGAUGUGUCCUGUACAAUAUUCUUGAAUGUACUAAUGCAAGCCUACAAAUUCUGAGAUAUUUAUAUUUUCAAAGAGGAAACUAUUUUUCGGGUAUCUUAUCUUUUAUGACAGCUAAAAAAUAAAGAAUUUCAUUGAUGAUGGUAUUUAUUAGUACGGAUAACUAGAAGAUCUGAACCGAGGAAAGCAAAACAUUACGCCAAUUACGCUACAAUUAAUUACUUAUUAUUACUAUCUAUCUGAAUCUGCAAUAGUGAAGUCUUGUUAGUGUGUGUUCCUGAGUUGUAUCGAUUCUAAACCUUUCCAAUACAUUUCAAACCAGAAUACUGGGUGACAUCUAAACCCUAAUGCCUAAUUUUUUUUUUUGGUUUUUGAUAAUUUAAUUAAAUUUAAAUAUCCUAAAAAAAUUCCUGGAACCUUAUCAGGUAAAUUUUGAGUUAACGUUAUGGGUUUUGCCAAGAGUUUUCUCACCCUAAGCGCAGUCCUUCUUUGAAGGACCCGAACGAUGUGUGAUAUAUAACAUUCCUGUUCUUUAUUACUCUAUUGAGCAUUACCCGCUCAUAAACGAUACGGUUAAUAUGAAGUAUAUUGAAAUAAAAUUUUUCAUUAAUCUGUAUUAUAAUUCAACUUACACGUUUCAAAAGAAAAAAAAAACCACAUCCUUGCUGAUAGCCCAAGACCCAACACCGGUGAAAAAAAAGACCCCUCCCAUUGCUAUUAAUUUAAAUACCAAAAUAAGAAACAUAGAAUGUUGUUUUUGCUUUGACAAUUUCAUGCUUGUUUUUUAUAUUAAUCAACAAAAACGUCACGUUGCAAUAAUCAGGAAUUUUUUUGUUUUUAGUUUGGAAAAAGUAGGAAAUUUUGUUUUUAAAAAAGAGUGUGAACCCUGCCAAUAAAUACAUUUUAAAACACAGUUAAAUCCCAUUUCAUAGGCAGAAGGACAAGUUUUCGUUUAAGUAGGUUAGGCAGUAGUCGGUUAAUAUAUAUAUACUUUAUAUAUAUAUAUUUAUGUAUAUAUUAAAUGUAUGUUUAUUCAUUUUUAUAUAUAUUUUAUAUUGGGUGGUCGAGCGGUCUAAACUGUCUCAAACCAAAUAGCUGGUGCUUUGGAGUUCAAUCCCCACCAAAGCCAACAUCCCAAAGCACCCCGGAUGGAAAGGACUCGUUAGCCUUGGACUCAUCUAAGAGAAGGCAAAUUCUGAAAUCAAACCAGAGCCAGAAUGAUCAAAGUGUAGAAAACACAAAGGCUUUUAUGUUUUAACAUUACUUCUUUCUUUACUUCUUAUUAAUAGCAUUUUUCUUUUAGGUGCCAUAAUGAAGAAUCAAAUCACACUAAAGGGUAAAAAUAACAAAAAGUAGUGUUGUUUAACACAGCACUACAUCAUAUGAUGUUUUUUGCAAAUGUGCCAAAGCACUACUGGGCCGGGGGGAUUGUGAGUAGAAAAGUAUGCUUAUGUUCAUAACCCAAAAUAUCAUUCAUUAACUGAGACAAAAAUUCAUCAUAAAACUUUUUUGUUAACCAAUUGUUUGUCAACUGGGCGUUCGUUAUUGAGGUCCCAGUGUAUUUCCUUUCUUUUAAAAUACAUCUUAGCGCCUGAACCCUAUAAAUAUUUUAAACUUAUGUCCCAUCCCCCUUUUACCACCCAAUGAAAUGUAUUUUCUAAAAAUGGUCCAACAAAUUCUCUGUAUACUUUGAAUUAUAUGGCUGGAUUAACCUGCUAAUCUUCUGUUUAAAAGAUUCUUUAAAAUCUUUUUGAAAGUGCACCAUUUUGCAAACAUAAAAUAAAGCCAUAUUGAAAAUCCUUGCACCAAAAAUAACUUACAUUAAACAUUCAUUAUAGAGCGGCCACAACAAGCUUAUUCCUAAUAAUAAUAUUUAGGGAAUACUCUGUAAUUUGGGUUAUUUGUUAAAUAACAGCUUUUGGGGGUAAAAAUAUUUUAAACAAACUUUCAGGGAACCAUCUUAGGGUCAGGCAGUAUGACCAUGUCAAAUUAAGUUAAUUGCAUUUAGUGGUUUUAAAUUUUAUAAUUGAUAUUGGUAAAUAGAUACAUGGGCCCACAUAUAAUUAUAUAUAGUCACUGCCUUUAUGUAGUAGAUAUUCAUAAUAAAUAGCAUUAGGCCGAGCUUUCUCAGUCUGUUGUUAUUAUUCUGAAAUCAAGCAUUGUUUUAUUCAAUUGUCUUUUGUAAUCAUGCCAAGCUCACAAUCAAUGUUGCCUCAAAUUUUGUGAGGAGCUGAGUGCCAAGAAUUUGUUUUACGUAAUAGCAAGGGUUAACCACUGUGCACAGAUAAAGACUACAACAGAUGUGGCUAACCCAAAUGGCUUCAUGCGCGAUUUGAUCACAAAUCAAUUGUUCAAGGGCUGCCUCUAUCAAAUAAAAUGAAAAACAAAUAAACGCACAUAAUUAUUUAUUUGUAUACAUACUAUUCUCAAAUUACAACUCUUCUUCUGUUUUACAAUAUUAAUUUUAAAUGUUGAAAUUAUGUUCAUGUUCAAAUUAUAUAAGUAAAUGAUAAAGUUAACAAGAAAUAAGCCCUUUUCUAAAUAGUAUCCUACAUUUUUCUAUUUUCAGACCGAAAGAGCUGCAGCUGGUGAUAUCAGUUGAGUCACUAAAUGGAAAAACUAUUGUAAUGAAUCCAUACAGCUACAGACAAUCAAGAUAAGAGGAUUUGACUGGUGACAAGAAUGCUCUAAAACAUUGAUUCAGGAAGAAGUCUCUAAAGUUGUCCAAAAUGGAAAGCUGUAGUUAAAAGUCAACGCUUAUGACUUUUCAAAUAGAUGGUGCUGUGUGUGAAAUCCCCCUCCUGAGCAAGAAGUAGGGGCUCAGCCAAAGUCAAAACUUCAUUCCCAGCAAACACAGAAAAUACUUCCGUUGUGACUCAUUGGACAAUUGGUGGAUCAUUUCUGAACAUGCCAUAGAUGCUUUCAGGAAUGAUCAUUGGCUCAUGUCCCUUUUGAAAUUUUAUGAACCAUUUUACCUAAGAAGAACAUAAAGGCAGUCUUGAGCCUAACACAGAGAUGGCUAAUGUCUGUGAUGAAAAUUCUGAGUUACAGAGCAGAAAGAAUGAGUUGAGUUCUCAAAACUUUCCUCUUCAAAGAACUGGUGUUUUGUUAUCUUCUGAUCAUAGGACAGAAGAGUUUCCUCUUCAAAGAACUGAUGUUUUGUUAUCUUCUGAUCAUAGGACAGAACAGUUUCCUCUUCAGAGAACUGAUGUUUUGUUAUCUUCUGAUCAUAGAACCAAACGCCACAAUUGUGGCUUUGAGAAUCUUACAGCUUGGCCAUCACCCAGUAGCAACUCUGAUAUAUGCAUUACAAGAUCUGAAUCAGCAACAAGUCAUGAUGGCACAAGUGUUCAACAAGUACCAUCAGAGGAAUGUUUUUUAUUCUCACAUGAACCACCUCCUUUGGAACUCGGCACUGAUAAUUCAGUUACAGUUCAACCACAAAAUGAUCGAAGUCAAACAACUAGUGAAUCGCAAUCUUUACAACCAGACGAUGAUAAUGUAACAGCUAGGCUAUUAUUACAACCAGAAGAUGAUAGUUUAACAAAUAGACAAUUACAACCAAAAGAUGAUAAUUUAACAACUAGACUAUUAAAACAAGUAGAUGAUAACUUAGCUGCUAGUGGAUCUCAACAUGUACAACCAAAUACUCUUAAGAUAACAACAAAGGAAGUACAACCUUUAGAAUCAGAGGAUGACAGAUUGACUAGUGAAUUAAAUUAUUUAGAACCAGAUAACUAUAAAUUAACACCUAGUGAACCACAAGCUUCAGGAACAGAGAAUCAUAAUUUAACAUCUAGUGAACCACAAGCUUCAGAAACAGAGAAUCAUAAUUUAACAUAUAGUGAACCACAAGCUUCAGAAACAAAGAAUCAUAUUUUGACACCUAGUGAAGCCCACCAAGAAGGCCAUAUUUCAUUGCAUGGGGAUUUACUUCCUGUAGAACCAAAGAAUUGUAUUUUUUCAAGUCAAUCUCAUUCUUUAGAACCAGAAGACCAAAACUGUAUAAAAAGUGAAUAUCAUGUAUUAGGUUCAGAGAAUAACUAUCUGCUGGAACCAGAAAAUUAUGGUUUCAUCACUGCACAAUCUCAUCCAUUAUCAAUGGUAGAUAGUAAAUCACAAAUAAAUACAAAUAAAUAUAACUUCCCGUUUGGAAAGUUGCCAGAAUUAAGAAUUAUGUUGCAAAAAUGUGAUGUUCCCAAAGCUUGUCUGCGUCAUAUGUCAGCAAACAAAACUAAAGGACAUGGCUCUGCAGCUGGCCAUGAACAGGUUGCGAUGAAUGGUCUCACGCAACCUCUUGAAGUUUUAAAACUGAACAAUGAACCUCUUUUGCCAGUUAAAAGAAAGGUUGGAAGACCUAGAAAAUACAUUAGAGAAAAAUUAGAAGGUCUGGAGAAAGCUGAGGCAGACGGUAGAAACAAAUACCAAAGAAUGUUUAACUAUCAGUUCAAAUUGAGAGAAACGGAUUUGGAAAAAAUCAAAGAGCAAUCUCAGUUUUACGAUGAGUUCAAAUUAAAAGACAUUGAUGUUAUUGUGAAAAGUCCUAGUGAGGCAUCCAAUUUGAGGUUUGAGAAUUCCCCAAGCACAAGAAAAAUAUCAAAUUCUAAGACAGCGCAUGUUUUUGAUGAAAACACAAGAAACAAAGAAGUGAAGUGCAUCAAUAAUGAUGACAUGCUGAAAAAUGUUAAACUGAAAAAGAAAAGGCGUGGCAAGAAAGCAAAAAUGGAUGCUGGCAAAAAUGAUACCGUGAGAGAAAACGCUUGUGCUGUAAGAAAAGUCAAGUGUCACUUGAAUGGCGAAAAUCGAGGGUCAGAAUCGCGUCCAGAACAUGCAACAACAUUAUGUAAAGUUCAAGCAGAUUGUGCCAAACCAGUUCCUGGGAAAAGGCCACGAGGACGACCUCCAAAAAAAGGGAAUAAGUCUAAAUCUAGCUCAGGACGUAUGUCAACAUAUGACCUAGUGAGUGGUCAUUCUUCAAAGUUAAAAACCAAAGUGAAAUGUCAUCCCAAAGAAAAUGACCAAAAGCUGGACGUCAGAGCUGAAUGUUCACCGAAAAGAAAAGUGACUGUCUCCUUAAGUCAAGCCGUGGGUGCAAAGAAGCCAAAGCUUUCUGCAAAAACCACCUUACAAAAACUAAGAAAGACAAAGAAAAGAAGCAAAAUUCAUGGGAGAAAUACAUUUACGAUGGAUAAGAGCCGCAAAUUUCAUCUGAGGUCUGUUGGUGAGGGGAGAAUGUUGAGAUCAAAGAACGCCCCAGACGCCAAGGCCCCUGUGAAAAAAAAAGGUAGGUUUGUGUCAAAGAAAAAAGCUAACCCUGAGGAAGCAGAGAGAUGUGAAUCCCCGGAUUAUGAUCCAACAUCCCCCAUUGUGGAAAUGGACCAUGAUGCAGAGGUGGACUUUGAAACAUUGUUUUCUUUGGGAAUGGAGAAUUUCAACAGAGGAGGCACC